UGGAGGAUGUAGGAAACUGCUAUUUGUAAGGAAAAGCGUUAUUGCUGAGCAACUGAGAGAAGACCAACGUAUAUAGGCUACUAGGUCUGGGAACCGAGAUCAGUGUACAGUUCCAUUGGAUAUUGCAAGCCUCCACCAUAAAAGACAAGAGAAAUAGAGCAGUAAAUAAAAGGAUGACAUAUGGUUGGAGUGAGUAGCGUAGCAGAGAUGAGUCUCACAUCAUGGUUCCUGGUGAGCAGCGGGGGCACUCGUCGCCGUCUGCCCCUGGAGAUGAUCUUCGUCGGCCGAGACGACUGCGAGCUCAUGCUGCAGUCGCGGAGUGUUGACAAGCAGCAUGCGGUCAUCAACUAUGAGGUGACCAGCGAUGAGCACAAAGUCAAGGACCUGGGCAGCCUGAACGGGACAUUUGUGAAUGAUGUCCGAAUUCAGGAGCAGAUGUAUGUCACUUUAAAGAUUGAUGACAAGCUGAGGUUUGGAUAUGAUAUCCUUUCAAUCAUUCAGUCCUUAACAUUUCAAUGA